GGUCGAUUCUGUCUUUGUGUUGAUUAGAACAACGAGUCGAUUAUUCUUGUAAAAUGGAAACUAAAGAUGUUAAAACAUUUCAUCAGUGUGUCGUAUGUGAUGAAAUUUUCCAAGAAUAUGAUGAUUUACAAGUACAUAAUAAAAUACAUGUUAAAGAAGAGAAAACGGAUGAUGUAGAUGAAUAUUGUCAUGUUAAAGAAGAGAAAACUGAUGAUGUUGAUGAAUAUUGUCAUAUUAAAGAAGGGAAAACUGAUGAUGUAGAUGAAUAUUGUCAUGUUAAAGAAGAGAAAACUGAUGAUAUUGAAACUGUUUAUCAGUGUAAUUUGUGUGAUGGGGAAUUUAAAUCUGAAUCCGAUUUAGAAAAACACUGUGAAAUACAUGUUAACUUAGAGGAGAUCGUAGAACUUACUAGAGAAAGUCUUUAUAAAUGUAAUGUUUGUGGUAAAUUAUUCACUAAUCACGCUUUCCUUCACAUUCACCUGAGGACUCAUACCACUUUCAAACCAUUUAAAUGUGAUGUUUGUGGUAAAUCGUAUAGCAGCAAUUCUUAUUUACAAAUACACAUGGUUAUUCAUACAGGUGAAACACCUUAUAAAUGUUAUGUUUGUAGUAAAUCAUUUAACAGUAGUUAUAAUUUACAGCGUCACAUGGAUACUCACAACGGAGUAAAACUACAUACAUGUGAUGUUUGUAAUAAAUCAUUUAGUGAUCGCGGUACCCUUCACAGACACGUUAAAACUCAUACCGCAGAGAAGCCUUAUAAAUGUGAUUUCUGUGGUAAACCUUUUAGCUGUGGUGGUGAUCUACAGAAACACACCAGAAUUCAUACAGGUGAAAAACCUUAUAGAUGUGAUGUUUGUGAUAAAUCAUUUAGUCAGAGUAGUAGUUUAAAACGCCACAUCGAAACUCAUUCAGGUAAAAAACCAUAUUUUUGUGUUAAACCAUUUAGCAUCAGUGGUGAUCUACGGAAACACAUGACAAUUCAUACAGGUGAAAAAACUUUUAAAUGCAAUAUUUGUAAUAAAUCCUUCACCUUGAAAGGUGGUUUACAGAAACACAUGAGAAUUCAUACAGGUGUAAAACCAUAUACAUGUGAUGUUUGUAAUAAAUCAUUUAGUCAGAAUGGCUGUCUAAAGCGACACAUGACCCUUCAUACUGGAGAACAAACAUAUUAAACAGUGCAUUGGCCGAGAUAGUUCAUCCAGAUUUUCCAGCGUGGCUUCCCCUUGUCAGUGAUGCAGGACGGAGGGCCUGACAAGGAAAGCUCUCUAGUCGUUCAGAUGGGACGAAAAACUGAGGUCCCGUGUACACAUUGGCGUGAACGUAAAAGAUCCCUUGGCAGUUGGAAUUCAAUAUAAGAGUAGGCCAUAGUGCCUCAAAAAACAAUGACUGCUGUAUGGCGUAUGCCCGUCUUCAUUAACCCAGUUUAGGAGCAGAACAGUAGGACGUUUUACCCCAUUUCAUUUCACUUCAUUUACCAUUGCUACAUGAAUCUUAUACCAUAAUGCAUGAUUUGUAGUAAGGGACUCGCAGAACGAGGCUAGACAUAUUCCACAAGUCAUGUCAAACGGUGACGCCAUAUUCUUAUCUGGAGAGCGUGUGCAUUGAAUAAUAUCGGUGUAAACUGGAAUAACCAGACGCUAGAGAUUGCCAUUCAGUUGAGACCUCUGGUAGGGUGACCCGUGCACUCUACUGGAAUAACCAGACGCUAGAGAUUGCCAUUCAGUUGAGACCUCUGGUAGGGUGACCCGUGCACUCUACAGAAAGUUGGUCUCGACACGGCUAAUGUGCACGCUUCAGUGGUUGUGUCUCGAACUAUCAGCAGUGGAGUGUAUGUUACUAUAAAUAGCCAUGGCACGUGCAAUUCUCUACAAAUCUAUCAAUUAUUACAGCCGUAAAAAAUCUAUUGUUGACAAUUUUGAAUAGCAGUAAAAUUUAGCUUCUUGGUUAUUACAGCAGCCUUAGAAAUUAUGUGCGUUUUAUUUUUUAAAUUGCUUUAUCAUUAACUGUACCGUUAAGAGCGGUAUCUUUUGGUUUAGUACAAAUAAUAUCUCUGAAUCACUUUCGUUAGCAGGAACAUGAUACUAGCAGUAGUUACAUUUUACUUUUACAAGUUUCUUAAAACAAUUGUUGAGCUGGCUAACGUGCAUGUUUCUAAAUUCAAUUUCUUGUUCCAGCUUUCUGUUAUGUUUCGUAAAAAGGUAGUCUUGAUUAUCCCGACCUGUCAAUCAGACGUAGAAUGGUUGGUACACUGGUUAAGCGAAACUAAUUUCAAAACAAGGGCACGUAAACUAUUUUUUACUCAAAAGUAUCUGGAUGUUAUGGACGACACUUCGAAACCAGUUUCAGUCUAUUAUUUAUAGAUGAUUAAAUGGUCAUAGCUUUUUAAGUACAACAUGAUCGUUUAUUUAGAGACUAUAAUUUUGUGAAACUGAUUAAAGGCUUGGUAUAUAUAUAAAUAUUGUGGCGUAAUUGUCGAGAUAUUUGGAGAUAUUUAUUUAUGGUGGGUCACCCUGUCUCUGGCGUAUUUUGCCGAACAUAACUGAUUUGAAAUUACAGUCAAGUUAAAAUGGAAAUGAUUGAAUAUAAAUCAUUUUAUAUACAAUAAUAUGAAAUUAUUAUAUGCGUUGCGACCCAUUUGUGUCCAUUUCUAGGUGGCAAGUAUUAGCGGUUUACCUCCUUUAAAUGUGAUAUUUGAGGUAAAUCAUUUACUAAAAAAUCUAAUCUACAAAGACGCAUCAAAAUUCACGAAAACACCUGCUUGAAGCAGUCUGAUUAAAACACAGACCCUAUUUCGUUUCGUUUCGUUUUUUACUUGUCUUUACUACACUUGGAUCUGGAAGAUUUGUUAUAUAACAGAUGUUCUAGAUGCUGUGAGGAAUUAGCCAAUGAAACGGUGUGUUAUGGCGAGUUCUGGGCGUGGUUUACACGGAACUGUGGGUAAACCACUAGAAACGUUAACGCUGAUUGAAUCAAUCAAUGUCUGACGUCAUAGAGUUAAAGGUCGCUCAUGUGACCCCUGAUGUGACCUUCCAGUAAAACUGAUCAGAUCUGCAUGUAGUGAGGCCAUCGAAUAUAUAAAAAAUGAAACGAAAUAUAGAUCUGUAUUUUAAUCUGAUUGUGGUCGAAGCACCAUAUUUUAUAGAGAUAAAUUGUGUUGAACGUCAGCUGGACAUAAAGUAGAUAUAAUGUAUAGUACACGUUUAUUUCAGUAAUUGAAACCAUGUCACUUCACUCAAUAAGAGACCCCUCGCCCCCCACCCCACUGUAUAUUAAUAUAGUAAUAUACAGUCUAUUACUAUGGAUAACAAUCAUUAUAUAAACCACGGUAUGAUUCAGCUUGCCAUUUGAUCUCUGGUGAUCUUUUAUCAUUACUGUGUCUUACUAUUUUAUCCUAUUUUUGGUAUGUUUACUGUUAUAUGUCAUAAGAUGCAACAUACUGUCAUU